AUGGCUGCCAGCCACCUGGCCAGGAGCUUCCAGGAGGAGGUGACGUGUCCCAUCUGCCUGGAGUAUUUCACAGACCCAGUGUCUAUCGAGUGUGGGCACAACUUCUGUCAGGCCUGCCUCAGCCAGUGCUGGGGGGAGUCGGAGCCCAACUUCUCCUGCCCCCAGUGCAGAGAGACCAUCACACAGAGACACCUGCGGCCCAACUACCAGCUGGGGAACCUGGUGGAGCUGGUGAAAUGCCUGCGGCUCCCGAUGGGGCCAGCACUUGAGGGGCAGCCAGGGUGCGAGAAGCACCAGGAGGCCCUGAAGCUCUUCUGCCGGGAGGAUCAAGCUCCCAUCUGCGUGAUCUACAGAGAGUCCUGGGCGCACCAAGCGCACAAGGUGUUGCCCAUCGAGGAGGCUGCCCAGGAGUACAAGGAGAAACUCCAGGGGGCCCUGGGCCUGCUCAGGAAGCAGCUGAAGAAGGCCGAGGCGCUGACAUCUAAAGAGAAGGAACAAACCACAGAGUGGCAGAAGACAGUGCAGGCAAAGCGAGUGACGAUUGCCGGUGAAUUUAACAAGCUGCACACGCUGAGGAGCAGCUGCUUCUGCAGAGUGUUAAUCUAUUUUCUACAUGAAAAGUUGGUGCCCAGAAUGGAAAAUGCUCCAUUUCAUGCCCCCAGUGCUAAUACAGAGCAUCGAUUCUCUUUCUCCUUUCAGGAUGCGAAAAGCACAUUGAGCAGGAGUGAAAACAUGAAACUCCAGGGACCUGAAGCCAUUUCUGCCGACCUGCAGCGCGGGUAUAAAAUUUGUCUUGAUAUGAGGGAAGCUCUGAACAGAUUUGCAGUGGACGUGAAGCUGGAUCCAGACACGGCUCAUCCCAACCUCGUCCUGUCUGAGGAUCGGAAAAGUGUGAGACUCGGAGACACGCACCAGGAUCUGCCCGACAACCCGGAGAGAUUUGAGAAAUAUCCCAUUGUCCUGGGCGCCGAGGGGUUUGUGGGCGGGAGGCGUUACUGGGAGGUGGAGGUGGGAGACAAGACUAAGUGGGACUUGGGGGUCUGCAGGGAAUCUACGAGCAGGAAGGGGGAGUUCACCCACAAAGACUACUGGAGACUCACGCUGAGGAAUGGGAAUCAAUACUCUGUCUCUCCUACUACCCUCCCCAUGAGCACCAGGCCCAGCCGGGUGGGGGUUUUCCUGGACUAUGAGGCUGGCGAGGUCUCGUUUUACAAUGUGACUGACAGGUCCCAUCUCUUCACCUUCAUCGACACCUUCUCUGGGACGCUCCGCCCGUAUUUCUACCCUGGGGGCACCAACGCGGCUCCCCUGACCAUCUGCCCGGUGCCAGCCCAGGCCAGAGGGAAUCCUUGCCCCUGAUACUGACCCUGCGGCACCGACUGGCCCCUCCCAGCGCUGCUGUUCCUCCCUCCAGUAAUGGGAGCUGGAUACUGCAGGUACCUGGAUGUUUUGUGCCAACCGGUCGCUGCCCCUUUCCCUUUGUAACUGGAGCCUCCAGUGGAAAACCGGACACCUGGCAGCCCAGCCCAGGCUGGGUGAAUAGGACCCCCUGGCUGGAAAGAACCCAGGCUGCCUUUCCCCCCGCCCUGGCUUUGCUCCACCCCAGCACAGGGUGAAACUGCUGCGAAAUGUGGUCAGACAGUGCUGCCCUCACCUUGCCCCAUCCCCUACCCCAGAGGGAGCAGAUGGUGGGGGAGGGAGAAGGGGACUUUCACUCUUGUCCGAAUUUUCUAACGCUGUGACAUCUCAAUGUCAAAUAUGAAGGGAAAAAAUGGAUGCAGGAACCUUUUCUUUUACA